AUGCGACUAAUUGCAAGAUCAAACAUGAAUGCUCAUGAUCAAGUCGCCAAGGCUAAGGUUGCUGCAGUAGGCUUGCGGAUUCUAGUACAACAACUUCCGCUGCACAAUCUCACCGACUGCUCUAAACUGAGCUCCAACGUUGUUGUUAAAUCUCGUGAUCUUCUGAAGCUUAGUAGCAGUGGCAGAUCAUGCAUCUCGGAGGAUCACGAUGGUCGGUACUCGAUGAAUUUGUGUUGUUUGUGCAGAAAGAAACUGAGGGCAGAUAAAGAUGUGUACAUGUACAAGGGUGAUCAGGGGUUCUGCAGUGUGGAAUGUAGAAGCCGGCAGAUAUAUUUGGAUGAUAUUGCCGAUUUAGAAGCUUCCACUAAAAAAAUACUGGCCUCUACUUAUAAAAACGGCGUCUUCACAGAAGAUUUUCACCACCAUUACUCAAUGUCACAGAGGAAUCGGAGACUUGUGUUAUAG